CCGAAUGCGGCACACGAUCGCGUCGCUCCUCGCAUCGGCGAUGCUCGUCACGGCGGCCGUCGACCAAGUGCACCUUGGCCUUACCAACGCCAACGUCGACUGCCCCAACGGCGUCUCGGUCGCCUUUGCCAGCGACGUCCCAAGUGCAAUCUCGGUUUCGUUGGCGACAGCCGGCGCGGCCGCCAAGACUGUUCAAACGACGAUCGACACGUACAGCGUCAAAUCGGCGCUGUACAACUACACAUCGCCGUUUCUGCACACGGCGCGCUUCUGCAACCUCAAGGCGAGCACGACGUACACGUAUGCCAUUGACGCCGGCGCGGCCGGGUGCGGGUCCGCCUUUGACAACUCGUUUGGGAUGCCGCCGAGCGCCGAUGCGGCGGACACGCCGACUGUCCUCGGUAUUAUUGGCGACGUCGGAUCCGACCACAUUGACGACACUUUGCGCAACACGGCGACCGGGAUCAACGGUACGGCGGCCCACGCCAUUUUUGUUGUUGGCGACUUGGCCUAUGCCAACGGCGAGCACGAGCAGUGGGACGCGUGGUACCGCCAAGCGCAACCAAUGUUCGCUUCGAUUCCGACGCUUGCGAUCGGCGGCAACCACGAGACGACAAAAGGUGGUGGCGCCAAAAAGCCCAAGGACAAGAAGAAAUUUCUGCCGGAGAACUACCUCGGGUACAUUCCGCGCGUCAACAACCCGGUCUCGGCGGCGCAGAACGCCAAGCUGCGCACGUACUACUCGAUGGAUGUCGGACAUGUCCACGCAGUCUUUGUCGAUGACUACGCCGGGUACCGCGGUGGGGACAAGACGGACGGCAUUGUGAGCUCGACGCCAAGCGACCUCAUGACGACGAUUGGGCUGCCGCCGGUCGUCGGCGUCUGUGAUCUUGAUGACUAGACUAUUCAAACCUCAAUUUCCUGCUACACGUUAAACUUUUCCUUCUACACGUUGAAACUUUUCCUUUUGAACCUCGA